AUGACAAGCGACAACGCCAAGGCCGCUGAAGAAGGCCGACUAUCAGGACUGUCUCCAUCCGGCAGCGAGUCGAGCCGUAAUAAUGCAAAAGACCCUGAGAAGGAUCCCUUCCUGGUCACAUGGAAUGGUACCGACGACCCAGAAAAUCCCAAAAACUGGACAAGGCAACAAAAAUGGGCUGCGACUUUUGCUGUGGCGUCCUUCACCUUCAUCUCGCCCGUGUCAUCUUCCAUCGUCGCUCCUGCUACCCAAAAGAUCUCGGAAAGCUUUGGAAUCACAAAUUUUGCAGUCAGCCAGAUCAGCUACAGUGUUUUUGUGCUCGGCUACGCGUUCGGUCCUCUGUUUCUGAGCCCACUGUCCGAGAUCUACGGCCGAUCGAGGCUGCUGCAGCUCGCCAACCUUUUCUAUCUCAUCUUCAAUACGGUGGCCGGAUUCAGCAGGAAUACCGGUGAGCUGAUUGCGUUCCGCUUCCUGUCUGGACUUGGCGGUAGUGCCCCUCUCGCGGUCGGUGGAGGCGUGCUCGGCGACGUAUGGCUCGCCGAAGAACGUGGCGCAGCUCUCUCAAUCUACUCUCUAGGGCCAUUGAUUGGUCCCGCCGUAGGACCGAUCGCAGGUGCUUGGAUUGCUCAGUGUACGACUUGGAGAUGGACACUUUGGGCCCCCUCUAUCGUUGAUGUCUUCAUCCAGCUUGCUGCUCUCAAGUACCUGAAGGAGACGUUCGCUCCAUGUCUUCUCCGUCGCAAGGCAGCCAAAUUGCGCAAGGAGACUGGCGAUGACCGCUAUCAGACUGUUCAAGAGCGCGCGAACCUGACUCUUCCGACCGCACUGAAAAGAGGUCUCUCGCGCCCGUUCAUCCUUAUCGGCACUCAGCCCAUCGUACAGUGUCUCGGUCUCUACAUGGCAUAUCUGUAUGGUCUAUACUACCUCGUGCUAGGGCACUUCUCAGACCUCUGGGUUGAGGAAUACCACGAAUCCCGCGGCAUCUCUGGCUUAAACUACAUCUCUCUCGGCCUCGGCCCCAUCAUCGGAGCCCAGAUUUCCGCCCUCUUCAACGAUCGCAUCUACCGCAACCUCAAGCAGAAAAACAACGGAGUUGGCCGACCCGAGUUUCGACUGCCGCUCAUGUUUGCAGGUAGUCUUCUCGUACCCAUUGGCUUGUUUUGGUAUGGCUGGAGUGCUCAAGCACACACACACUGGAUUGUGCCUAAUAUUGGCGUUUUGAUCUACUCUUGCGGUGGUAUCUUUGGGUUUCAGUGCAUUCAGACUUACCUGGUGGAUGCGUAUACGACGUAUGCUGCAUCUGCUAUGGCUGCAGUCGCGCUUGGGCGAUGUAUUCUUGCUUUUGUUUUCCCUCUGCUUGUCAAACAGCUUUAUGCCGCUCUGGGUUAUGGGUGGGGUACGAGUUUGCUUGCUUUCAUAGCCAUUGCUCUGGGGGUACCGUUCCCGAUUUUGCUUUGGUACAAAGGCGAGGCACUCAGAGCGAAGAGUCCUUACGCAGCGACGACGGAUUAGCCGUUGAGCAAAAUGCUGGGAGAGCGGAAUGAUAGAAUAUCUCUGUACAUGUAUGUUUCAAUGUUCAAAUCAA